AACCAGCUUGCCCGCCUCUACAGAGGCAGGGGGACCGCGAAGCGAGACAGGAAGGGCUAGAGCGCGACUUGACUGGGUUAUCUUUGGCAGGCGCAGGGAAUGAUGGCGCUUUUGAGAGCAGCCAACAGAGAGGUGGUCUGCAACCGGAUCCCAUGCGUGCUUACCCGAAAAAUAUAGUUCUACUGUUUCUGUUCCUCCUGUGGUGAUCAAGCAAAUAAAGAAUUGAUUUCUUGGAUUUGGUAACAUGGCAAAAGAUGCUGGCCUAAUUGAAGCUAAUGGAGAGUUAAAGGUUUUUAUAGACCAAAAUCUUAGUCCAGGAAAAGGUGUUGUUUCAUUAGUAGCUGUUCACCCUUCCACAGUAAAUACACUUGGAAAACAGCUCCUGCCGAAAACAUUUGGACAGUCUAAUGUGAACAUUGCACAACAAGUGGUUAUUGGUACACCUCAGAGACCUUCAGCCCCCAAUACUAUUUUGGUAGGAAGUCCACAUACACCCAACACACAUUUUGUGUCGCAGAACCAGGCUGCAGAUUCUUCACCUUGGUCUGCUGGGAAGCGAAACAAAAAGGGGGAGAAGAAUGGCAAGGGUUUGCGACACUUUUCUAUGAAGGUUUGUGAGAAGGUUCAGAGGAAAGGAACUACCUCAUACAAUGAGGUAGCAGAUGAAUUAGUUGCAGAGUUCAGUACCGCAGAUGCUCACAUCUCACCAAAUGAAUCGCAGGCGUAUGAUCAGAAAAAUAUUAGACGACGUGUGUAUGAUGCCUUAAAUGUCCUUAUGGCCAUGAACAUUAUUUCCAAGGAGAAGAAAGAAAUCAAAUGGAUUGGCUUACCUACUAAUUCAGCUCAGGAAUGUCAGAAUUUAGAGGUUGAGAGACAGAGAAGACUUGAAAGAAUAAAGCAAAAACAGUCCCAACUACAAGAACUAAUUCUUCAGCAAAUUGCCUUCAAAAAUCUUGUUCAACGAAAUCGUCAAGCAGAACAACAAGCAAACAGACCACCAGCUUCUAAUUCUGUUAUUCACUUGCCAUUUAUCAUUGUGAACACCAGCAAGAAGACUGUGAUUGACUGCAGUAUUUCUAAUGACAAGUUUGAGUAUCUAUUUAAUUUUGAUAAUGCAUUUGAAAUACAUGAUGAUAUAGAAGUGCUAAAGCGCAUGGGAAUGGCUUUUGGGCUGGAAUCUGGAAGUUGCUCAACAGAGGACCUAAAAAAUGCAAGGAGCUUGGUUCCCAAAGCUCUUGAACCAUAUGUGACAGAAAUGGCUCAGGGAUCAAUCAGCAGUGUGUAUGUCUCAUCCUCAUCAGGUUCAGCUUCAAAUGGGACGAGAUUUUCAAACAGUGAUUAUUCAAAUGGAGGAGAUGGGAUGUUGGCUACAAGUUCCAAUGGAUCUCAGUAUAGCGGCUCCAGAGUAGAGACUCCAGUGUCUUACGUUGGGGAUGACGACGACGAUGACGACGACGACUUUAAUGAAAACGAUGAUGAUGACUGAUAUUGUUUGCAUUUAGACUUUUUUUAAUGGUAAAAUUCAGCAAGCUUCAGGAAUAAAUUCUAGGAAGAGAAUUGUCUAAAAUUGCCCCAUCAAGGAGAUACUGGUAAGAGUCCUGAAUUUAGAAAUUGCACCUCUGAUAAAGUAAAAAAAAAUGUUUGUUUUUUAUGUAGAUUUUUUUACAUGUGGUGAGGAUGUGUGUGUUGAUACCAGUGUGUUAAUGCAGAACUUUUAUUUACUCUUGCUUAGGAUUUUUAACUUGAAGGAAAAUGCAUUUUGCCCCUAAGUGUUGUUGCUAAGUUUGAAAAUGUAGCCACAUUUAAUGGAAAAUAAAAUCUGUCCACCUGUCAAAAAUGCA